CUUAUGAUGAACCCAGAGAUUCACUUCUGAGGGGUACGGACCUGUGUUUCUACAUCAACCGAGACCUGGAGACUGAACUGGGAGUCCUGUCUGGUUCUGAUGAAGACGACGCUGAUGCUCCUCUGGAAUCUGCUGCCAACGUCCCCGCCUCUCCCAGCUCGAUACUCAGGGACGGCCACUCUCACUAUUGACCAGAAAACUGUGGUAUUGGACCUAGAAGCACAGCAGAGCCAGGAGGAGCAUCUUGCCGUUCGGCUUGAUAAUGAGCUCCCGGCGCAGGAGAGAGAGUUCCUGAUGAAGAGGAAGGCCUUGGUGAUGAAGGCUCUGGAGAAGACUCUGUCCCUCACCUCUCCACUCGACCCCAAGAAGGUUCCAACUAUAGCAGUGGCAUCUUCAGGCGGAGGCUCUCGAGCAAUGACGGGCUUUCUGGGAAGCCUGAGGGGUCUGCAGGAAAUAGGGGUCCUGGACACUGUCACUUACAUUUCUGGUGUUUCUGGAUCCACCUGGGCGAUGUCUGCUCUGUAUCGGGAGGCAAACUGGUCACAGCAGGACUUAAACAAAGUCAUCUCAGCUGAGAAAGAACUGAUGACAAAGACUAUCCCGGACCUCUUCUCACCCGAGAGGCUGCGCUACUACAGAGAAGAAAUGGCAGAGAAAAAGGAGCAGGGACACAUUUCAUCCGCCAUUGAUUUCGCCGGGCUGGUUUUUGAGCAACUUGUUUUUGGGGAGAAAGUCGAGAGUACCCUGUCUGAGCAGCAGAUGGCAGUGAAUGAAGGUCAAAACCCUUUACCAAUCUACACUGCUGUCAAUAUAAAAGAGGACCUGCACGGCAGUGGAAGUGAAGAUGAGUGGUGUGAAUUUACGCCAUAUGAGGUGGGAUUUCACAAGUAUGGAGCGUUUGUCCAAACUGAGAACUUUGGCAGCGAGUUCUUCCUUGGUCAUAUCAUCAAAAAACUCCCAGAGCUCCGCAUCGCAUAUCUUCUUGGAAUAUGGGGCAGUUACUUUGCUAUAUCCAUCACUCAGCUAUGGAAGUUCUUCACAGGUCAUGAAGCUCCAUGGGGCGACCAGCUUAAAGCCAAAGUCAGAGUCACAGUGCCCGGAGGGGGACGCCGGCUCCAGUCGGUCUUGGCUCCCUGGGGCCCGGGCCCCGUGGCCGCCGUCCAGUAA